GCGGCUUGGAACCCCCGUCGGUAUCAUGGCCGCGGGAGCCGGGACAGCGGGCCCUGCUUCCGGCCCGGGCGUUGUGCGUGACCCGAUGGCGUCACAGCCAAGGAAACGGCCCAGCCGGGAGGGCGGGGAGGGCGCGCGGCGAUCGGGCACGAUGGCGGGAGGAGGCGGGAGCAGCGACAGAAUGCUAGCUGUCAUUAUUUGUAUCAAAAACAAAGAAUUUGAAAAGGCUUCAAAAAUUUUGAAAAAAUACAUGUCCAAGGACCCUACAACUCAGAAGCUAAGAACUGAUCUCCUGAACAUUAUCCGAGAAAAGAACUUGGCCCAUCCUGUUAUCCAGAACUUUUCCUAUGAGACCUUCCAGCAGAAGAUGUUGCGUUUCCUGGAGAGCCACCUGGAUGACACAGAGCCCUACCUCCUCACGAUGGCCAAAAAGGCUUUGAAAUCCGAAUCUGCUGCUUCAAGUGCUGCGAAGGAAGAAAAGCAGCCAGUCCCAGAGCCAGUGGACAAGCCACUAAGAGAGCCUUCAAGACAGCCUCGGGACCCUCCAACCACCAUCGGGAUCAGGACUCUAAAGGCAGCUUUCAAAGCUCUGUCCACUGCACAAGACUCAGAAGCGGCUUUUGCAAAACUGGACCAGAAAGAUCUGGUACUUCCUAAUCUACCAUCCCCAUCAUCACCAACCCACAAAAACAAGAGACCCAGGAAAGAUGAAAAUGAAAACUCAGCUCUCACUGAGGGUGAGGGAGGCUCAGAACUGCAGCCCAAGAACAAUCGCAUGACAAUAAGCAGAUUGGUUUUGGAGGAGGACAGCCAGAAUUCUGAGCCCAGCCCAGGCCUCCACUCCUCCCCGGAGCCCAUGUCGGCAUCACCAUCCAAGUCCAGUGCUCUCAACCAACCCCACACGGGGGAGAAGAAUCCCAAAGUAUCCAAAGACAAGUGGAACAGCCCUAACGGGCUCGAAGAAAAAGAAAUUUGGGUGGAAGAGGACCAGCUGUUUGACGUUCGGGCACCCAAUGAAGAAAAGUCAGUCAGUUUAACAAGAAAGAAGUGGACCGUGGAAGAGAGCGAGUGGGUGAAAGCUGGAGUGAAGAAGUACGGGGAAGGGAACUGGGCUGCCAUUUCUAAAAACUACCCCUUUACCAACCGGACAGCCGUGAUGAUUAAAGACCGCUGGAGGACCAUGAAGAAACUUGGCAUGAACUGAAAAAGGCUCUUGUUUCCACAGGAUGCACAAGAGCAUGGUUCUGAACCAUAGUCGCUGAUGCUCUGAUGUCUUUCAGAAGCUGGACUGAGAUGAGACAUGUGGGCGGCCUUUCUGUCCAGGCAGGCCUCACGUAUACUCCAUCACUGUUGUCAGAGAUCAUGGAGCUGAGAAGCAAAGCCAGGUCUGCCCCAUGUCUGCAGCAGAGGCUGCAGGCACACAGCUUAGACAGUGCCAGAACCUCAUUAGCAUUUCCCUUUAGUGGUUUGCUUCAACUUGAAUCCCCAGUCAUCCAUAGAACCUCCUAAGAAAUGAUGGAAUCCAUUGUGAGUACUUAUGAUCCCUGAUCUGUUAAAUCCAGCAAUGUGAGCAUUAUCUGGAAUGAACUUCAUCCUCAUUGAGUUUUGACCUUCUGACUCAAGAAGAAAGGCAAUUUGUGCUGAGCCCCAAUGAGAGCUGUUCAGUUCUUGUGGAAUCUGAUUCCUUGUAAAGAACCAUUUAGCCACUUCGUCAGCCGUGGACCUGACUGCCUGGGCACUCGCUGUUACCGUGUGCUGGGCUACGUGACAGGUUUGUCCUGCGCUUUUCUCAUGUGGUUGAGCAAGUGUGGUUUUUGGUAAAAUGGUGAGUGUAGAUAAGCUUAGCUCCCCACCCCACCCCGCCCUCCCCCUUCUCGGAGUCCUUUCUUGUGCUGGACUUAUAAAGCUUCAAAAUCAGUCCUGGUUGAAUCAAUGCCUAACUCAUCCUCUGAAUGGUUGCUCCCACCCACACUUACCUAGUCGUGCUAUGUUUGUGUCUUGCACCGGAACCCGACAAACCCUUCUCCCUUUGUACAGUGUUGUGCUUGCUGUCUCUCAGACACCCUUGAAAACUGUCUUUUUAGCAAAACAAAAAACAAAAAAAAAUUCAGUAAAGUGUUUUCUGUAAUCUUUUUUUAAAUAUGAGAAUGAACUGUUCCUACUUGUAGCAUUCUUCAUUAAAGUCUUGCUUCUCUCAA